GUAUCUGUCGGAUGGUAAUGUAAGCUUUUUCCAAGUUUCUUUUUUUUCCCUCUCUCUUCUAUUUUUGCUUCAAAGUCGUAUCGGCCAAACGGCUGUGCGCUGCAGAGUUUGCCCUUCGAAUAGAAAGAGGGGGAACAGUGAGGUUUUGUACACUCUUUUUUGAUUGGGACGCUUGAGUGAAAGAAGACCGUGUUCGCAGUCAUCUACAAAGACCCUCAAGGAGUCAUGAGAGCGCCGCGACCACGCUGAACGUCUCGUUGAGGAAUAACGCCGAUUUUCUCGACAAAGCCGGGCGAAUCUCGUUUCUGAUGUUUGCCGGCCGAGUUGAGACUAGUUAGUUGGUUUCGACCGGAUAGGUGAAGCGGGGGGUUAUACCGCAACUGCCGAAUUUUCUGUCGUGUUUUAAGUCGUCCGACUUGGAUCAAAGUUUUUUUUUCUUUUGCCUCCCUCCCCCUCCUCCCUUAACUAUGGCGACGACGGAGUCGGAGAACACAUCGGGCAGGUCUGCAGCUGUCUUCGUUUUGUGGAUAUGGGGGAUAAUGAGUGGGCUCUCCUUGCCCUGCUCGGCUCAGUACCACGGCGAAAAGGGGAUUUCUGUCCCCGAGCACGGCUUUUGCCAACCCAUCUCCAUCCCGCUAUGCACGGACAUUGCCUACAACCAGACUAUCAUGCCGAACCUUUUGGGCCACACCAACCAGGAGGACGCCGGGCUGGAGGUGCAUCAGUUUUAUCCCCUCGUCAAGGUCCAGUGUUCAGCCGACCUCAAGUUUUUCCUCUGCUCCAUGUACGCGCCGGUUUGUACGGUUUUGGAGCAGGCUAUCCCGCCGUGUCGGUCCCUGUGUGUGCGGGCACGGCAGGGCUGCGAGGCGCUCAUGAACAAAUUUGGCUUCCAGUGGCCGGAGCGGCUCUGCUGCGAGAACUUCCCCGUCCACGGAGCGGGGGAGAUCUGCGUGGGGCAGAACACCUCCGACUCCUCCGGGAGCCCGACCUCCUCCGCCACUCCCUUCGUACCCGAGCUGAUGACCCUGCAGCCGCCGAACAUCGGCCGAACCAACCAGCACCACCAGUACCACCAGUUUUCCUGCCCGCUGCAGCUGGAGUUGCCCUCCUACCUCGGCUACCGAUUUAUGGGGGUGAAAGACUGCGGUGCCCCGUGUGAACCCGCCAAACCCAACGGCCUCAUGUAUUUCCGAGAGGAGGAGGUGAAGUUCGGCCGCCUCUGGGUCGGUAUCUGGUCCAUUCUGUGCUGUGUCAGUACCCUAUUCACGGUUCUUACAUAUUUGGUGGACAUGAGGAGGUUUCGGUAUCCAGAGCGGCCCAUAAUCUUUUUGUCUGGCUGCUAUUUUAUGGUGGCUAUUGCCUAUGCUGCCGGCUUCUUCUUGGAUGACAAAGUUGUGUGCAUUGACAAAUUCAAAGACGACGGGUACAGGACUGUGGCGCAAGGUACGAAAAAGGAAGGCUGCACCAUACUGUUCAUGGUGCUGUACUUCUUCGGCAUGGCCAGCUCUAUUUGGUGGGUCAUUUUGUCUCUGACUUGGUUUCUGUCUGCGGGUAUGAAGUGGGGCCAUGAAGCAAUUGAAGCCAAUUCCCAGUAUUUCCACCUUGCCGCCUGGGCUGUCCCGGCUGUGAAGACCAUCACCAUCCUUGCUAUGGGCCAAGUGGAUGGCGACAUAUUGACAGGCGUCUGCUUUGUUGGUAUCUACAACGUGGAGUCCCUCCGUGGCUUUGUCUUGGCCCCCCUUUUUGUGUAUCUGUUCAUCGGAACCUCCUUCCUCCUCGCCGGGUUCGUGUCUCUCUUUCGGAUCAGGACUAUCAUGAAGCAUGACGGCACCAAAACGGAGAAGCUGGAAAAGCUUAUGGUCCGGAUCGGGGUGUUCAGCGUCCUGUACACAGUCCCCGCCACCAUUGUCAUCGCCUGUUAUUUCUAUGAACAGGCUUUCAGAGAGCAGUGGGAGAAAACUUGGCACAUGCACACGUGUAAACGCUUCGCCGUACCCUGCCCUGUUCACAACUUUGCCCCCAUGACCCCUGAUUUCACCGUUUUUAUGAUCAAGUACCUGAUGACCAUGAUAGUGGGAAUCACUUCUGGGUUCUGGAUCUGGUCGGGAAAGACGCUCCAGUCAUGGAGAAGGUUUUAUAAAAGACUAAGCAAUGGCAACCAGGGGGAGACAACAGUAUAAAUUAAGACCAAAUGGGUCAAAAACCUCCUGAAAAGCAGGAAUACCAACCUAGCCAUCAAGUAAUGGAAAUAGUAGAAAAUGUGGUUUCAAAAAGCUUUAAUUGCAACUGAGAGAGACAGUGAUAGUAUCUGUGUCUGGGACAGCAACUGAGCAGAUAUAUGGACGGGGCAGUUUGCCUGUUUUAUAAUAUUAGAUUUUUUUUUCUCCAGGUGUUAAUAGCAAUCCAGACUUUGUGUUGCACAAAUCGUGCUCAUUUGGAUAUGAGUUCAGUCUCGAACACAUUGGACAUCACCUUGGACAGUUUGUCAAAAAACCUUUAAAAAAUUGCUUUUAAUGGUGUUUCUGCUUUAUUCAGUACUCAACAGGGAAAACACACGGGUGGACAAAUGAGCAGUUUGAGAAUCGAACCCACAGUGUUGUGAGUACUCGGCUUGUGGACCCUGGGAUGGCCGGAGAGAGGAGAGAUUUAAACCCUGAUUUGUGUUUCCUUAGAUGAAAUCUGGCCUCUCUGGUCCAAGGACUGAACCGAUGAGGUCAGCCUCUAACGCAGAUGUUACUUUUGAAAUGUAAUCACGUAGGAGACUAGAAAUCGCUGGUUACAUGUGUAAAAUUAGAAAUGAUCAUUUUUGGUAAAAUGCAUUCAUGUAUAUAGGUCUCGGUUGGAUGAAAUGCAACAUGCUACAGAAGUUGAGCGACCUGUUCCAUAACUGACUGUCGGUUGAACCAUAGAUCCAAUUGCAGCAUCAGUCAUGUCUGUCAGUAGUGAUGUAUACUGUUGAAGUGUCCUUAAAUCAGAAACCCUACUGCUUGCUUUUAACAGGUCAUGCUGAGUAAGGGUGUUAGCUUAAUACCUAAACCAUAAUAGUGAUUUUUUUUAAAGAAUUAAAAUACAGUUAAAUACGGCGGUGGAAGCGCUCUGAAACACCCAUUGCAGUUUGAAUUGCAAGCUGUUGUCUGUUCUGUUCUGAGGUUGUGUGAAGGUGAAUCUUCACUUCUGUCACAAAUGUUCACCCUAAUAAUGAAUGAAGAGUUCCUUAUUAUCAGCCGCAUUGUUGUUUUUAAAGGUAAUUUGAGUGGUUGGAGAUGAACAGCAAGGUUUUACCACACACACACGCAUGCAGAAAGAAAGAAAACCAGCCCACUGUUUCGUAAUGGAGACAGAGCAGCCUAUUGUUUGUGGAUAUGUGUGUGGUCCCUGACUAUUGGAUCCCAGGCAAAGGGGCGUCUUAGAAACGGCAUCGGAAAAUCCUUUUAAGAAUCCUGCCUGAGUCUGUCAUACUUAAGAAAAAUCCCAAAGGGCUUUUGCCUAAUUAGACGGUCCAGUAGGGUUUUUUUAAACCUUAAAUUAUUGAGGGAAAGGUUUUGGUGAAUAUGCUUGCCUCUUUUUCAGCCCCGCCCUGUUCUUCUUUCAUUCAUCUCCAUCGUCUUCUGUUGGCUAUUGUUGGUAACCUUUAUGAUUUAGGUGACGUGCUAUGCUUUCUCUGUUUUCCUUUUAAUUGUAUGAGGAGCUCAAUGGGAUUUUUUUCGCCACCACUUGACUGAAAAAAUUCCCCGCCAUUAGGUUGUGGCUGCCAGCCCAGGACUGACAAUCACCUCUGUUACGGUAUACACAUUUCCCACAGAUAUGAACAUUUAAUUGUCAUCUACAUACAGAUAAACAACCUAUAUUUAUUUCUUUUCAUAAAUGUACCGCUCACUCUUAUCCCCAGAAACCUAUGACGAAUGAAAGUGCUGCACUACAAAAGGUUAAAGGUCAUGAGUUUCGGAUAGAAAAAAAACCCCAACAAUAAUUGACUCUUUUUAUUUUGAAUGCUAUUGAGUCCAAUUUCUGUUGUAAAAACAGCAUCAGGAUAGUAAAUAAAGUAUUUUGUUCGGUUUUCACUUCUCACACAGGUGCUUUCAUUUGAAUACAAGAGGAGAGUGAAAUAAGCUUUACCUACAAUGGAAAUAGAAACCAUGCAAUAAUCCAAACCAGGUCGUAUGGAAUUUGGGGUUUUUUUUGGAGGGGGUUUGUGCUUUGUCGGCUAAAUUUGAAUCCAAUGCAGAUGGCGCAAUGAUGUGUUGCAGUAACUAGCACAAAAUAACUGAUGAGAUAAUAUUAGUCAAAUUUAUGCAGAAAACCCACUGCUGGUUAUGCAUUGGUUGGUGCAACUGAUUAUUCCCUUUACCUGUAACGGUAACCUGUGAGCAAGGGUCUUUCGAGUGAUUACUGAGCAACUAUCUAUCUUCGGUCUCGACUGAAGAGGUCACGUAGAUGAGUGAUGAAAUGUUUCUCUCAAUAAACGUUGUGUCCAGAUGAACUGAUUCAACUUCCUGUGAUUUCCUUACCUGGAUUAUUGAGCAUGCAUAAAGACAUACUGAGUGACUGUUGAGGCUACAAGAAAGGGUGACUGAAAUCAUACUGUCCCCAGAAAGAGAAAUUGGUAAACAAUAUAAACGAAAAAACAAAACAGAUUUUGGUUUAUGGCCAUGUAUUUUUUUAAAUUCUACACUUCCAUUUUAAUAUUGUCCUGUGGCAUGUGAAACUCGGUCAACACACAAAUCACAGGGAAAGUCUUCAUCCAAGUAAGGAGGUUGGAGUUAGGAGGCCUUCAGUUGGCAGCAGUGAACUGUAAUGUGAUGUCUUUUGUCCGAAUGAGCACAUUUGUUCACUAUUUACUGUGUGAUGUGUACACACCCCUGUAGAAUAUGUGACUGGCCACCUGAAUUGGUUCUGUAAAUUGCAUGUCUGUCGUUGUAAAAAAUCAAAUUUGAAAGACAUGUAUUAUACAGAAACUGUUCAAGGAUAAAAAAAUCCUAGUUUUUCUUAAUGUCACUUGAAAAAUGCAUGUUAAAUCUUCUAAGGCCAGUAGAAGAAUCCAACAAAAGGUGCAUUGUAUCUCUUGAGAUAAUGCUGUCGAGUAAAUUGUCUUUUAAGGUAGUCAGAUGGGAUCAGCCGAGCCCUGGUACAGCAGGACAAAAACUUGCCCGGAGGUGUACCUGCAGAGAUGGACCUCAGUUGUGUGAUAAUGUUGUGAAAGCUAUGAGCCUCUCGGCCCUGUCGCAUGGUACCAGCCAGGAGCUGCCAAUUUAAAUGAUAUCAGAGACAGACUGGCCUGCUGUGUUUUAAUGCCACGGCUUACUAAGGAAGGAAUGUGUGUGUGUGUGUGUGUGUAGUUUUGGGACAUAUGCAAGUUACCUACUUAGUACAGAAUCAUUGUAAAUAACUUGUUUCCUAAAAAAGAAUAUGUAUUUAUGAAGAUAAUCUCUCUCUUUUGCCUUUUUACUUAAUUUUGAAUGAUUUAGGGGGAAAAUCCAUUUGUACAUGUACAGUUUCA